AUGGCACGCCUUUCUUGGAUAUUUGUUCUGGCAGUCCUGCCGACACUACAAUUGCAAACUGCGUUUGGGGAGACCAUUUCCCAUCAUCCAAUUACUAGACAAGAUAAUAGCGGAGACAUCCCAAAAGUUCCGUUGAGAAUACUUCCACUAGGUGCCUCGAUUACGUGGGGAUAUCUCUCUUCAACAGGCAAUGGAUAUCGUAAGCCUCUCAGGGAUAAACUGCGAUAUCAGGGCUGGCAAGUGGAUAUGGUCGGUAGUAAAACCAAUGGAGAUAUGAAAGACAACGGUGUCGAGGCACACUCUGGCGAUGUUAUCAGCCAGGUCCAAACCGCGGUCGGAAAUUCUUUGAAAUACAAACCAAAUAUUGUCCUAGUUAAUGCUGGGACCAAUGACUGCGAGCAAAAUCUUAACAUCCCCUAUGCCGGAGAUCGGAUGCGGUCCUUGAUUGAAUCUCUAGUUACCGCACCAGAUAUGGCUAAUACCGCGGUUAUUCUAUCAACUUUGAUACCCUCUGGUCAGGAAAACAUCGAGGCCACUCGGCAAUCCGUGAACACAGAAUUCAGGACUUUAGUGGAAACAAUGCGAGCGGACAAUGUCUCCAUUAUUCUGGCUGAUAUGGAUCCUCUCGCGCCCUCUCCUGACCAUAACUGGCUCUCUUAUCCUGAUGACUACGCCGAUCCCAAGCAUCCAAACGACAUUGGAUAUUCGAAGAUGGCAUCGGUAUGGUAUGAAGCGAUCAUGAAAGCUGCUAUCCAAGGUAUCAUUCCUGAACCUGCGCCAGUCUCAAUUUCACCCACUGGAACCUGCGACAAGUCGUACGGCGAUGGCAUCUAUGCUGGAGGGCACACCCAGAAGGGUAGUGGCGAAGACGACGGCAUCUAUUACCAUGAUAGCCAGUUUAUGGGGAUAUAUUUCUCGGUCCGCUCGGGAAAAGGUGCAGCAGAAGAAUAUAAGGAUGAUGACGAGCUUAACUUUUUCUUUGCUAGGCUUUAUACCCAGAAAAAGGAUGACCUACUCAUCUAUCAGAAAAGUAGUAGCGGCUUCGUCACCUUCAACACCUACCGAAAUACGGGCGAGAAUGAACAAAUGUUCCCACUAGGCGGGUCGUUUAGCAUCCAUGGGAACUGUAAUCCUGGAGGAGUUCACUUUAUUGACAUUAAUGCGGACGGGUUGGAUGACUACGUCUGCAUAGCUCUAGAUGGAACAGCAUAUGCAAGCGUCAAUAACGGUGACGGCGAUCCUGGCAGUAACACGCCUCCAACCUUUAGUGAUAUCGGGAAAUGGAAGGACGCGGAAGGAUAUGACCAGGCACAUGUUCGCCUUGGUGAUGUGGAUGGUGAUGGUCGCGCGGAUUACUGUGUUAUAGCGGACAAUGGAGACAUUACGUGUUGGCGAAAUGGGUGGAUAGAGAACGUCCCAGCAUACUGGCAACCCCUUGGGAAAAGAUUCGCCGGAAAAGGGAUAGGCGACCUCCGGGGUGUUCGAUUCGAGGAUAUUAACGGCGACGGACGGGAUGACUGGCUCUGGGUCGGUGAUGAUGGUGCAACCACCACCUACACGAAUUCCCGAAGCUGUACUAAGGGACACGAUGGGAGCGGAUUAGAUAUUGUCUGGCGCCAGGGUUUCCACAGAGGUGUAAGCUCUGGCCCAACACAUCCUGGAAUGGGCGAAUUUGGCAGCACUGGCCUUCGGGAUAAUGUCUACUUUGCAAGAAUCCACGGAGAACCGGCAGCCUUUGGGUUACUUGGUCUUCAAGACUAUGUCUUCAUUCAGAAAGACACUUCAGAUAAAGACCUAGGCCCAAUGUACUUUAUGCAUGUAUGGAAGAAUACUGGAGGAGGGGGGGGGGGGGGGGGGGGGGAGAUAAAAGCUGACGGAGACCGGUACUGCAAUAUGAUGGGCCAUGAAAAUGGUAUGGCGGAUUAUGUUUGGAUCCACUCCACGGGACAUAUGCGACUCUACCCUAAUAAAGGCCCGACGAUGGCUCCAGCAAAUGGAGAAAGUUACUGGGGUCCUAAUAAGAUUAUCUUUGAUCCAACCCAACUGGAGAUUGCGUCUGAUAUUGACCGUCGAGACUUACAUCUAGUAGAUUGGGAUGGUGAUGGCGCCUGCGAUAUUGUCUGGACAAGAUCUGAUGACCAAAACAAAGUUGUACUUUGGCGGAAUCGGAUUAGGGAGACGGGUGACUUUAAUUGGGAGUAUAAUCUGAAUGCAGCCCCAGACCUUUACUGCCCUGAGAAACGUGGGUUAGGAUUCUUCGAUCGUCCUGUGCACUUUGCCGACGUCUCCGGUAAUGGGAAGGGAGAUUACCUCUGCGUGGAGAAGGACGGUCGUACCUGGGGAUUUAUCCAUAAUAACGAUGAUGGAUGGGACUAUGUUGAUCAGUUUAAGUAUUCUGAGCAAAAAGAUAGGGCUAACCUGCACUGGGCUGAUGUUAACGGGGAUGGGCGAGCCGAUAUGAUUCAUACUGAUAAGUUUACAGGGGAUGGUACGGUCUGGUACAAUCUCGGACGUCGUGAUAUUAAGGGAUCACGCUAUGAAUGGGCCCCUAUGGGAGCCAAAUAUCGGGGAGCCGUGGCCGGAUCAUGCACGUAUUUCCCUGACCUUGACGGUGAUGGUCGCGCCGAUAUGCACAGCAUAUUGAAUUCUAUCGAGAACACAGCAGACAGCUGGCCCAAGCGCUGGAAACGAGUACGACGAGACGACGUCAUGUCGGCGCUUUAUCGAAACAGCGGGCCCCCAGCUCUCUCGGGCGGACGAAAUACAAGGCCCAAGCCCAUAAACUUUCAUUUCAUCGCAUGCUCGGGGUCAACGAUCAACGAUAUUUACGAGGACGACGGCACACAUUCCUCAAGUAGCGGCAGCGGUGGAGGAGGAGGCAAAUCGGACCUCUCCCAAGCCAAUCAACUCAAGGAUUUACACCCAGACAUGGUCACACUGACUACUGGGGGGAAUGAUGUUAACUUUGCUGACGUCCUGGACAGGUGCGUAUAUCGCUUCUACGAUCUCAAAGGGUGCGGGGGCUGCACGCCAAGUGCUACAUUCAACGAUUGCUCCGAUGAUUGUGACAAAGCAAUGGUCGCUCUAGAACACCGCAUGAAAGGACAAGACUUCAUUCCCAGCUUUGGACGGGCUAUUAAUGCUAUAUUCCAGUCUGCACCUACCACCCAUCUUUUCGUGACCGGUUAUCCAGCCUUCUGGAAUGCCGAGACAGAUGCAUGCGACAAAGUUAGCUUCAAAUUUGGUUGUAUAAAUAACCCCGUCCUGCCUCUGAUCAAACGUCGGCGCAAACGCAUGAACGACCUAACCUGUAAGUUAAACGGGAUUAUUGAAAGAGUUGUGAAAGCGACCUCACCUCCAGCCGGUGGAUCUAUUCACUACGUCGACGUAGACCCCUAUUUUGAGGGCCACCGGUUCUGUGAAGAAGGGGUCAGCGAGCCCAGCUACCGCAACUCAGAUAUCUGGUUUUACCCGUUUGAGUAUUCGACCGGUAAUACCUUCACUUUGUCUGCUGAUUCACAGAUCGCAUCGGUCGGAGACGACUGCAGUGCCAUCUGGGAAGACAACGGAGACGCUGGAGAUUAUUUCAGCUGCGCGCUGAACAAUGCCACAGCGUCUGGGGAUUCCAUCGACCUCAGUAAGUUGCCAAAUAACGUCCCUGGCGAUGGAGAUGUCGAUCUAUCAUCGAGCAGUGGAUCUAAACUGCCAACAUUCCUGGCCCGCAUUUUCCAUCCUACGAUCAAUGGCUUCACAGCUUACAAGAGGGCUGUGAUUGAUGUAUACCUGGCAGCGGCUUGA